AUGUCGGAAACCAGCAAGACCAGCGACACGAGCUCGAGCGCGUCCUCCAAGUUGGCGUCGGCGCGCGACAAGGUGUCGGACAAGGCCCACGAGCUUCACGACAAGGCCAGCGACAAGGCGAGUGAGCUCCACGAGAAGGCGUCGGACAAGGCGCACGAGCUCAAAGACAAGGCGUCCGACAUGUCGAGCAAGGUGGCCGACAAGGCGCGCGAUGCCAAGGACAAGGUCACGGGCAACACGAAGUCCAGCGACAGCCACUCGAGCCGCAACUAGGCAGCUCCGCGAUGCAUCCCGCAACCGUGCAUCUCGACCUAGUGUAGUAGCUGCAACUGGACUUAAGUCGUGAAUGCACAUGGUUGAGCGC